GCCGUUAGCUUCCGGGAAGAGUCCGGUCCGCUGUACGUGGGCGCGCGCGCGUACGUUCCGUUCGGCAACAGGGCAACCGGCAGGUGAAUAGCCGCAGCAGCAGCAUGUCCGCGAACAGCCUUGGCUACAAUGAGCAGGGCGGGGAGGCGGCGACGGAACAGGGGCAGGAGGCGACGCCCACCACAGCCCCCUCCGUCCCUGCGGCCUUCGGGCUCUUCAGCAGCGACACCAAGAAGAAUGAAGACCUAAAGCAAAUGUUGGAAAGUAAUAAAGAUUCUGCUAAGUUGGAUGCUAUGAAAAGGAUUGUUGGGAUGAUUGCUAAGGGGAAGAAUGCAUCCGAGUUGUUUCCAGCUGUUGUGAAGAAUGUGGCCAGUAAAAAUAUUGAGAUAAAAAAACUAGUAUAUGUUUAUCUGAUGCGCUAUGCAGAGGAGCAGCAGGACCUGGCAUUGUUGUCCAUCAGCACUUUUCAGCGAGCUCUGAAGGAUCCUAAUCAGUUAAUCCGUGCAAGUGCUUUGAGAGUUUUAUCUAGUAUUCGUGUGCCAAUUAUUGUUCCUAUUAUGAUGCUUGCUAUUAAAGAAGCUUCUGCUGAUUUAUCUCCUUAUGUUAGAAAAAAUGCAGCCCAUGCAAUCCAAAAACUGUAUAGUCUUGACCCAGAGCAAAAGGAAAUGUUAAUUGAAGUGAUAGAAAAGCUUCUGAAAGAUAAAAGUACACUGGUGGCUGGGAGUGUGGUGAUGGCAUUUGAGGAAGUGUGCCCGGAUAGAAUAGAUCUGAUUCACAAGAACUAUCGAAAGCUGUGUAAUUUGUUGGUUGAUGUGGAGGAGUGGGGGCAAGUUGUUAUUAUCCACAUGCUAACUCGAUAUGCACGUACACAAUUCGUGAGUCCUUGGAAGGAGGACUCCGCCUCAUUCAGUGCACAGGAUAUAUCUGCUCUGGGAAUGAAUCAGGACUGUGUAAUAAAGGAUGGUGUUUUGGAAGAGGACAAUGAGAAGGAUUUCUAUGAGUCUGAUGAAGAACAGAAGGAAAAGGAUCAGAAAGUGAAGAAACCCUAUGCUAUGGAUCCAGACCAUAGAUUGCUGAUACGAAAUACAAAGCCCUUGUUGCAAAGCCGGAAUGCUGCUGUGGUGAUGGCAGUUGCCCAGCUUUACUGGCACUUGGCACCAAAGUCUGAAGCUGGCAUUGUUUCUAAAUCCUUAGUGCGUUUACUUCGUAGCAAUAGGGAAGUGCAGUAUAUUGUUCUGCAGAAUAUUGCAACUAUGUCAAUUCAAAGAAAGGGCAUGUUUGAACCUUACCUGAAGAGUUUCUAUGUUAGGUCAACUGAUCCAACGAUGAUCAAAACAUCAAAGCUUGAAAUCUUGACAAAUUUAGCAAAUGAGGCCAACAUAUCAACACUACUUCGAGAAUUUCAGACCUAUGUGAAAAGCCAAGAUAAACAAUUUGCUGCAGCUACAAUUCAGGCUAUAGGCAGAUGUGCAACCAACAUCUCAGAAGUGACUGACACAUGCCUUAACGGCCUAGUGUGUUUGUUGUCCAACAGGGAUGAAAUAGUAGUUGCUGAAAGUGUAGUUGUCAUUAAGAAACUGCUACAAACACAGCCCGCACACCAUGGUGAAAUUAUUAAACAUAUGGCAAAGCUCUUGGACACUAUUACUGUUCCUGUGGCUAGAGCCAGCAUUCUCUGGCUUAUUGGGGAAUAUUGUGAACGAGUUCCAAAGAUUGCACCUGAUGUUUUGAGAAAGAUGGCUAAGAGCUUCACUAAUGAAGAUGACCUUGUGAAGCUGCAGAUCUUAAAUUUGGGAGCAAAACUGUAUUUAACCAACUCAAAACAGACAAAAUUGCUUACCCAGUACAUAUUAAAUCUCGGCAAGUAUGAUCAAAGCUACGACAUCAGAGACCGUACAAGAUUUAUUAGGCAGCUUAUUGUUCCGAACGAGAAGAGUGGAGCUUUAAGCAAAUAUGCCAAAAAAAUAUUUCUGGCACAGAAACCUGCCCCAUUGCUUGAGUCUCCUUUUAAAGAUAGGGAUCGUUUCCAGCUUGGCACCUUAUCUCAUACUCUGAACACCAAAGCCAUUGGGUACCUGGAGUUAUCUAAUUGGCCAGAGGUGGCGCCUGACCCAUCAGUACGAAAUGUUGAAGUAAUUGAGUUGGGAAAAGAAUGGUCUGUAGCAUUAGGCAAGGCAAAGAAAGAGAAACCUACAGAGAAGUUUUACUCUGAUUCAGAGGAGGAGGAAUCAGCCAAUACUACUGACACCGAGAGUGAAUCUACUAGUGAAAGUGAAAAAGAGAAAAAUGGGAAGGAAGAAGGCAGCAGCAUGGAGAAUAGUGAGAGUUCAAGUGAAGAACUGAGUGACAGUGAAUCAGAGAGCAAAGAAGGUACAGCAAAGAAAAAGUUCAAAACUACUGAGGAAAGUGACUCAGAUGACACAGAGAAGAAAACAAAGAUGAUUUCCAAAAAAAGGGAAAGUUCUGGUUCCUCUGACUCAGAAUCUAGCUCAACAGAGGAAAGUUCAUCGGACUCCGAAUCAGAAUCUGACUCUGAAAGUGAUGCUGAGUCUAGGAAGCCUAAAAAUGCUAUUGCUUCCGAGAGAAAAGAAAUGGCAGUACCAGAGAAAAAAGCUUCUACUAAACAAGAUGUGUCCCUACUAGACUUGGAUGAUUUCAAUCCUGUGUCAACUCCUGUAGCAGUUCCCACUCGAGCUAUUCUCUCUCCAAGUUUAGUUGCUGACCUAGAGGGUUUAAGCUUGUCAAGGUCAUCAGUCAUUGAUGUCAGUUCCCCAAUCUUUGUGCCAAUGAAAACUCAUGAAUUGCUUCAUCGAAUGAGUGGGAAAGGAUUAGCAGCUCAUUAUCACUUCUCAAGGCAGCCGUGCAUUUAUGGAAAUCAAAUGGUAUCCGUACAAGUGACAUUAACGAACACCACAGACCAGAAAUUAGAGAAUAUUCACGUAGGGGAGAGAAAGCUACCUGCAGGCAUGAAGAUGCAUGUGUUUAACCCAAUAGAAUUUCUUGAGCCUGAGGAAUCCAUUACUGUCUCGAUGGGUAUUGACUUUUGUGAUUCUACUCAAACUGCCAGUUUCCAGUUGUGUACAAAGGAAGAUCACUUCAAUGUUAAUAUUCAGCCCCCUGUUGGAGAACUACUUUUACCUGUCACUAUGUCAGAGAAGGACUUUAAAACAGAGCAAGGAAUGCUGACCGGAAUGAAUGAGACCUCUGCAACAAUCACUGUUGCUCCACAGAAUUCCACUCGUCUUGUGUUACUUGAGAAGGUGGUAAAGGCAGCAAACUUGGGUGUUGUUCCAUCUGGUCAAGAUAACAUACACAGGUUUGCAGCUAAAACUGUGCACAGUGGGUCAUUGAUGCUAGUCACAGUGGAGCUGAAGGAAGGCUCUACAGCACAGCUCAUCAUAAACACUGAGAAAACGGUGAUUGGUUCUAUUCUACUGCGGGAGCUGAAGCCUGUCCUGUCCCAGGGGUAACCUGCUUACAUCU